AUGGCCACUUCCCUAGCCGAGUUUCUUUCUGCAUACCCUACUGCCGGAGGCCAAUAUCAUUGGGUCGCUGUGACUUCAUGGAGUAAAUGGAUGCCGAUUCUUUCCUGGAUUACGGGCUGGAUCAACUGCUCUGGCUGGGUUGCGCUGGUCGCAACAGCUGGUCUUUUGGGCAGUGAGCUUAUCCAGGGUGUGAUCUCUCUCAUGAACCCAAGCUACAACCCCCAGCGCUGGCACCAAUUCCUGAUCUACUUCGGGUACAACAUCGUUGCCUUCCUCAUCAACGCCUUCAUGAACAACAUUAUGCCUUAUGUCACCAAGGGCGCUUUCAUCUGGUCUCUGACAGGGUUUGCCGUCAUUUGCAUCACCGUACUCUCAUGUGCUUCGCCAAAUUAUAACUCCGGAGAAUUUGUCUUCACCGAUUUCAUCAAUAAAACAGGAUGGCCUGACGGAGUUGCGUGGUUGCUCGGGCUUUUGCAAGGUGGUCUUGGUGUCACUGGCUUUGAUGGUGUCGCACACAUGAUUGAAGAAAUCCCCAACCCCUCGGUUGAGGGACCCAAGAUCAUGAUUGCCUGUGUCGGUAUCGGUACCGUCACUGGAGCAAUCUUCCUUGUUGUACUGCUCUUUGUGGCUGGCGAUAUUGACAAAAUUAUUGAUUCCGCGGCAACUCCGCUCCUUGCAAUCUUGAAGAAUGCUACUUCGAGCAAUGCAGGCGCUAUCUGUCUCUUGAUCUUCCCCCUUGUCUGCGCUCUAUUCGCUGCAACCGCCAUUAUGACAACUAGCAGUCGCAUGGUCUAUGCUUUCGCACGCGAUGGCGGUCUCCCUGCGUCUCCCUUCUUCUCUCGUGUUCACCCCACGCUAAAUGUCCCCUUGAACUCGCUUUAUCUCAAUCUGGCUCUCGUGACUAUCUUCGGUUGUAUCUUCUUGGGCUCAUCCAGCGCUUUCAGUGCUAUUGUUUCGGCAUCAGUGGUGCUGCUCGGCAUCUCAUAUGGAAUGCCUAUUGCAGUGAACUGCUGUCGAGGAAGAAGAAUGCUACCAGAGCGCUCAUUCAACCUGCCAGAAAUCUUUGGCUGGACCGUCAACGUCGUCUCAUUGAUGUACAUUGCCCUGACUACGGUCCUUUUCCUCUUCCCCCCGGAGCUACCUGCCACUGGUAGUAACAUGAAUUACUGUGUUGCGGCAUUUGGUAUUGUCUUUGUUAUUUCCGUCAUCCAGUGGUUUGUAGAUGGACGCAAGAAUUUCGUCGGGCCCCGUAUCCAAGUGGAAGUCUUCAAUGGAGAGGUUGAUGCUCAGCCAGAGCAGCCGAUUCCAGUUGUUGAACAGCAUAAGGAUUAG